CAAAUGUCAAAAAAUUUCGUCGAACUGUCAAUAGUUUUUGUGGAAAUAAAUAAUUAAAAUCUUUCGGAAAAAUAAACAAUGUGUUUCCGCGAAUAGCCCCAGUCGACCAUGUGAUAAGCCGUAAUUAACCCAUAGAUAUUACAAUGUAGGAAAAACACUUUUCCAUUUCCCAUGAAGAAUGCUAGCAUAAAUCUUUCCUCCGACUUCUGAUGGGACAAGCUGGUGUUAUUUGGAGAGUUUGAAUGGAAAUGUGAAAAAAAUGAAUAGUUAUGUGCAACAUUUGGGCCUAACAGCUUGGCGGAAAAAAUCGGCACUGUUGAUAGCCAUAGGAUUGCUUUCGAUAAUAAUUUUUGGCUUGCAAUUUUCCCGAGUGAGUGACAAAGCGCUCCUAAAGGAAGAUAACGGGGGCCCGCACAUGAUAGUCGCUGAGUCCUUAAUACAAAGUAAUGUUAAAUUCGUGGAAAGUAACCAAAGACCCAGUGCAGCUAAAGUUGAGACGGUUGAGCCAAAUUUAGGUUCUUUUACAGACUUAGAACAACCAAGUCGCGACGAUAUUGCACGGAGACGUCCGUCCAUUGAGGCGUUAGAAACAGAACAGCAACUAGGAAUACCCUACGUCAACCUGAACUCGAAUAAUCCAUACAUUCCGCCAAAACGUAUAGUCCACUUGGAUUUGAAAGGGGCCCCACCUCUAGUCAGUUUUUUGAAGAAGUUUUUCCCCCUGAUACGCAACAUGGGGGCCACGGGCCUCUUGCUAGAAUAUGAAGACAUGUUCCCUUAUUCCGGCAUCUUGAAAAACAUUUCGGCCAAAAACGCCUACACUCCCGCCCAAAUCGCCGAAAUCCUGGACUUGGCCGAGAAAUCCCAACUGGAAGUCAUCCCCCUGAUCCAAACUUUCGGCCACAUGGAGUUCGCUCUGAAGCACAUUGAGUUGGCGAAACUCCGCGAAGUCCCGGGGAGCCCCCAGGCCCUGUGCCCCAGCAGGAACAGCUCGCUCGACUUCAUCCGCGAAAUGGUGGAGCAAGUGGUGUCCCUCCACCCAAAAAUCAAGUACUUACACAUCGGCUGUGACGAAGUGUUCCAAAUGGGCGAAUGCGAAAUCUGCCGCUUGGAACUCCAAGAAACUCUCUUCCUGAAACACGUCCAGAACGUGUCGAGAAUAAUCCACGAGAGGCACCCGCACCUGCGGCUCAUCAUUUGGGACGACAUGCUGCGCCACCUGUCCCAGCAGAGCAUGCUGGACGUGAACCUGGGGGCGCUGGUCGAGCCCAUGGUGUGGGUGUACGCCGAGGACGUGUACCGGUUCGUGCAGCCCCCCGUCUGGGACAAGUACGCGGCCGUGUUCAAGACAGCCUGGGCGGCGUCGGCCUUCAAGGGGGCCUUCGGGGAGACGCUUUUCGUACCUGAUGCCAAGCGCCACCUCGAGAACAACCUGCGGUGGUUGGAGGUGAUGUCGCAGCAGAGUAAGAUUUUUAAGAGGGGGUUUUCGGGGCUGGUUCUCACGGGGUGGCAGCGCUACGACCACUUCGCCGUUCUGUGCGAGCUGCUGCCGGCGGGGGUGCCCUCACUGGGGCUCAGCCUGGUGGCCGCCACUUACGGCUACUUCAACUCGAGUCUCAAAAACAAGUUUCUGGCGAGCUUGACGUGCCCGCAGCACAAUUCGGGGCGGAAUCAGCCGUUUAUCAAUUUGGACGCUGAUCCCUUCCUUUGGGAUAAGCUGGGGCGGUGCAUGUUCCCCGGAAGUCCGUUUUUUAGGCUUACUUAUCGGCUGCACGCCAUGGAAAGCGAGGUUGAUGAAUAUUUAAAAGCCACGAAGAGGCAUAAAGGUUGGAUGACUGAUUAUAAUAUUCGGCAUAAUUAUAGUUUGCCGUUGAGGGUUGAUGAAUUGGUCGGUGAUUUACCGAGGAUUUAUCACGGAACCACUUCUCUAGUCAGGUCGGCCGUCGAUGCGAUGGUCGAUGUUUUUGAUAAUUACACGAUAAGUGAGUGGAUCGAGCAAAAGAUAUAUCCUUACAUAAUCCAGUUGGAAAAAAUACAAAACCAAAGUAUUGCGUUGAAAAGUGUCAAUCAAUGGCCGGCCAGGCCUUUGCCCCCGUUAAGGGACUUGCAAAGGCUGGGCGUGCCUUUACCUACAAAUUAAUUGGUAAAAUUGUGUUCAUUUUAUUUGAUAUUUCAAGGAACGGUAAAUACUCAUGUGUACAAAUUUUAUUUAUACAACUCAUUUUGGAAGCGGUGUUUUUUACCCAAUUAAAAAUAGUACUUAGUUAAAACUGUACUUAGAGUUAACGAUUUUUAAUAAACUGCAACAAUUAAUCAACACAAACGCACAUACACAAGACGUAUCCAUAAAACACUCAGUUUGUAGUUUAUUUAGCCAACAAGUUUGACAAUCGUCGAUUAGUCGCCGAUUAGCAAACGAUUAAACGAAAAGUAAAUUUAGGGUACUUCUAGCAUCAAGGAAAUAAUUUACUUUUUCAACUUAAUUCACUCAUUAGAAAUAAAUGCAUUCACGCACGUUAAAAAAAUUUCGAUUAAUUUGGUGCCUUCACCGAUUAUGACCACCAAAACUCCGUUUUGAUAAAUAAAAGCCAAGCCAAUGAGUCAUUUUUAAUAUUUGAUUAAUAGAGAUUGUAAUGUUAUUUACUUAAAGUUGUAUAUUAUAUUUUAAGAUGUUGUUUGUUUGAAAAUACAGUUUUUGUGAUCUGAUUUUAAGUUGUUAAAUAAUAGAUCUGAAAUCAAGAGAUGUUAGCUGUUGAUUACGAAGUGAUGAAUGUAUAACAAAAAUUAAUAAAGCUUUAGAACGUG